GACCUCCUCCUUCUCCCCAUCUGAUGCCACCUUCUCCUGUUGGCCUCAGCACACAGGCACACAGCUCAGCAGCAGCAUCGCCCCCCGCGUCUCCAUUUCUUUUGUCUCUACCGGUGUUAAAAUCCCAACGCGGCCGCCGUACGCGCAUUGCCACCUUCCUCCUCCCGAGAAUUUCUUGGCUCGUUUUAUUCGCUUCUUCUCCGUCUCCCCCCGCCGGGGCGUGUUCUUGGAGGGAGCCUGGAGCUAGCAGUGUUCUUGGAGCUGCUUCUGGUGGUGGUCUGCAAUGGGGAGGAGCGGCCAUGCCUGCUCCGUUCUUGGCUCACUGCUGCUGGUGCUGGUCUCGCUGGGCUCGGCCGCUGCGCAGAAAGGCUCGACCUGGAAGACGCUGAGUGGAGAUCCUCCGGCAAUCAUCGCGAAGGGCGGUUUCUCAGGCCUAUUUCCUGAUUCGAGUGAGAACGCUUAUCUGUUUGCAACUAUCUCUCAGGAUUCAGCCGUGUGGUGUGAUGUUCGGUUGACCAAGGAUGGCUCUGGCAUCUGCCUUCCGGACAUACAAAUGGAGAGCUGCACAAGCAUAUCCAAUGCUUUCCCCAAGGGGAAGAAGACCUACAAUGUGAACGGUGUAUCUGUCACGGGGUGGUUCUCUGUGGACUAUAAAGACACUGACCUGGGAAAAGUAUUUCUGAGGCAAUCGGUGUCAUCUCGUUCAGAGAGAUAUGAUGGUGGAGGCCUCCUAAUAGUUCCUGUCGAAGCUGUAAUUGCACAAUUUAAGGCUCCUGCUGUUUGGCUAAAUCUUCAGCAUGACAGUUUCUACAGCCAGUUUAAUCUGAGCAUGAGAAGCUAUAUCUUGUCUUUGUCAAAGCAAUACACUGUUGACUACAUCUCAUCUCCUGAAGUGACUAUCCUCAAAAGCUUACUUGGAAGAGUUAGCAAGAAGACAAAGCUUGUGUUCCGCUUCCUUGAUGAAGGCACUGCUGAGCCAUCUACAAAUCAGACAUAUGGCUCAAUGCUGAAAAAUCUAACAUUCAUCAAGACUUUUGCAUCUGGAAUACUUGUCCCCAAACACUAUAUCUUGCCUGUAACUGCAGAUAAUUAUCUUAAGCCACAUACUUCAGUCGUUGAUGAUGCUCAUACGGCAGGCCUAGAAAUUUAUGCUGCUGAUUUUGCCAACGACUUUACGUUCAGCUAUAACUAUAGCUAUGAUCCAUUAGCAGAAUAUCUUAGCUUCAUUGACAACGGUGCCUUCUCUGUUGAUGGUGUUGUGACUGACUUCCCCAGUACUCCUUCAACGGCCAUUGAUUGUUUUCAUAACCUGAACGGCAGCAACCGAGAUCAUGGGGCACCUCUUGUUAUCUCCCACAAUGGAGCUAGUGGUGACUACCCUGACUGCACUGACCUAGCUUAUCAAAAAGCAGUUGCUGACGGCGCAGAUGUCAUUGACUGUGCUGUUCAAGUGACAAAAGAUGGCAUACCAAUAUGCAUGAGUUCCAUUGACCUGAAGGACGUUACUAAUGUUGUAACUUCACAAUUUGCUUCUGAAGCUGUUAUCAUAAAAGAUAUUAAGGCUGAUGCUGGAGUAUAUACCUUCAACCUCACUUGGGAGGACAUCGCAAAGAACCUGAAGCCUACGAUAUCAAACCCAAUGAGCAAGUAUAACACAUACAGAAAUCCCAGAAACAGGAAUGCAGGAAACUUCAUGAAAUUGUCAGACUUCUUGGCUUUUGCAAAAGACAAGGAUUUGUCAGGAAUUAUGAUUACUGUGGAGCGUGCUUCAUUCAUGGCAGAGAAACUUGGGUUUGGUGUGGUAGAUGCAGUGAUCAAAGCUCUUGAUGACUCUGGUUACAGCAAACAGACCGCCCAGAAAGUCAUGAUCCAGUCAACAAACAGCUCAGUUCUAAUGAAGUUCAGGCAGCAAACCAAGUAUAACCUUGUCUACAUGAUCGAUGAAGAUGUCAAAGAUGCUGCACCUUCCUCCCUUGCCGAUAUUAAGAAGUUUGCUGAUGCUGUUUCUGUUAGUGCCAUGUCCAUUUAUCCAGCGGCCAAUAAAUUUUUGAUAAACCAGACAAAUCCUGUUGUCAAGUCCCUGCAGUCUGCUGGCCUUCCGGUUUACGUUUAUCUGCUUAUGAAUGAGUUUGUUUCUCAACCAUAUGACUUCUUCUCAGACGCCACAGCACAGAUUAAUGCGUAUGUGCAGAAAGAUGGAGAUGGAGGUGGAGUGGAUGGGGUCAUCACUGAUUUCCCUGGGACAGCUCACAGAUACAAAUUGAACUCCUGCAAGAACAUGGGAAAGAAGACUCCAUUGUUCAUGCAGCCUCCCCAGCGAGGCGGCCUCGUUGGGACCAUCAGUGAUCCAUCUGCACUGCCACCAGCAAUGUCACCAAUGCCGGUCUUGACGGACUCUGACGUGGCAGAGCCACCCCUGCCUCCUGUCAACAACAGCACAGCUCCAGCACCCCCCAACGCUGCCACUAGAAUGCGGACCGAUGUCCCGAUCCUUGUAGCAGUGCUAGUGCUGUUUGCUUCGUUGCUGAUCUGAGGGUACUAUUGCACAUGACGAGUUAGAGGAGCUCCCAGAAUUCGCAUCGAGCUACCAGUAGCUAUUCUUUUUACCACCUCGAUGUAGCGAUUCAUUUUUCUCUUUUUGCUCUGGCUGUAUUCCGGGGAGGGUGGAUGUUCAGCUUGAUACCCUUGUCUUGUGGCACCUGUGUGUGCUGGUCCCUAGUCAAACAUUCUGGUACAUAUGUGUGGUGCAGUAGUGCCCUUGUUUCUGCCUCCAUCCAGGCAUUUUUCA